AUGCUGCCCGGCAGCAUGUUGGAAGGAAUCCACUGCUGGGAAAACCCUGAAGGUUUGCCGGAGCCGCGAACAGGGCCGCAGCUGCUGUGGCGGUUCCAGUCUGGAACUGAUCUCAUGCACCUCUGCCAUCUGAAGAGGAAGAACCACCUGAGAAAUUUGAUUUGGGCCAGGUUUGUUGCAUAUGGACUUGCCUUGGUGGCGCAACCGCUGGCACAGUCCAGCGAGGGAUGGGCGUAUGGCUCUGCCCGGCCUGCCCGGCCAGCGCGGCCUGCGCGGCCAGGAACUGCGCCAGCCAUGACUCCUUUGCCGAUUCACCCGGUGCGGUCUAGAGGGAACAAAGCAGUCACCAUCCGCACCGUGGGAUCGCCUGCUGGAGCCCUAAUAGGCCCGCGCUUCUGCCACCGAACCCUCCUACUCGUGGGGUUCAUCCUCGUCGACACUGGACAGGCCCUGGUGAUGGACUGGGCGGAGAAGCGAUCAUGGAAGGAGGACCGCAACGGCGCACAGUACGUGCGCCAGACCGCAUUGGUUGUGGAGUCUGGAUUCUCCGUCUUCACAGGUCUGACAUUUGCAUUAAUUCUCGGUGGGGUGCCUGAGCUCUACUCUUCCUUCUGGCCGCUUUUCUUGCGGUUUUUCCCCAUUGCCGUCUUCUUCGCUGUGGGCUUGUCGCUUAAGAUGAUGGCGGUGAACCAUUUUCAGGCUGGGACAAUCAAGAUUGUUGGUCAGCUGCGGCUUGCAUUUGUCGCUUUGGCCUCAACCUUCAUUCUUGCUCGAACGUACAGUUCCAAGCAAUGGACCGCCAUCGCUUUCGUAACGGUUUUCUGCGUGCUGUUUGUCCAGCAGAAGGGCCAGGGAAGGAGUCAGCGCGGCAAAGCUUGGAAAUGGACCGGGCUGUCGCAGCUCUUUGGAUGGGUUUGCAUGAAUGUCAUCGGCGGCAUUUUGGCAGAAAAGACGUACAAAAGCAGCGCUGGCCCUUACUACGUCCAAAAAGUGGCUCAGGAUCUUGGGCACCUGCUGACGUCAACUGUCAUGCUUGUGGCCGUUGUACCACGCUUCGAUCCUGGCGAGGAGUUCCAUUUCUGCUGCGUGCACGCAGUCACUGUCAGGCUGAAGGCUGUGUGA